GCGCCGCCGGCGGGGAGCAGCAGCCUGGGCUGGACUCUGCCCGGCGCCCGGGGCUCUCGCAGCUAACGCCCCCGGGGGAGCGUCUCCGACCCCCUUGGCUCAAAGCCGUUGCUGGGCCCGUCCGCCAAGAACUGCCCUAGUCCUUGUUUGAACCCAGUUAGACUAGAUCCCAACAUCCCCUGGCAGGGAGUUCCGCAGGUAGUCUGUGUGCUGUGGGAAGAGAUGCUUCCUUUUGUUUGUUUUAAACCUGCUGCCCGUUCAUUUCAUUGGGUGAGCCCUGGUUCUUGUGUUCUAAGAAGGGGGGUGGAUGGUGCUUAUUGAGAGAGAUUUCUUCAGGUGAAGGAGAUGGGCUUCUACAUCAGCUCCUUGUCUAGAGCCGCCUGCAGCAAAGCACACCUGGACUCCCAGUCAUCCCCAAGACAUUAUCAGGUGGCUCCAAGCUACAAUUACAGAUGGACAGAUCUUCACUACGAAGCUAGCAGGGGCAACAUGGAGAAACUGCAACAACUCCUAGUGACCUCAGACAGGGAGCUGGUUGACAGGAAGGAUUACUAUGGCAAGACUCCGCUCUACUGGGCUGCGUAUAAAGGGCAGAAGCUUUCCAUGGAGUUACUGCUGCAACAUGGAGCCAGUGUGAACACGUGCUGUAAACAUGGAGGAACGCCCCUUCAUGCAGCCAUUGGCCUCUUCCCAGACUGCACUCUGCUGCUGAUACAGCAUGGUGCUGAUGUGAACCUUCAGGAUAACUGGGGAGUGACUCCCAUGUACCUGGCAGCUUGCAGUGGGCAGAUAGAGUGUAUCCGGCUUCUGGUGCAGGCUGGCCCUGACAUCACUUACAAGAACAAGAAGACAGGAGCCACCCCUAAGCGUCUGGUCUCACAAACUGCACUGAUAUCCUGGAUUGAAUCCUGCUGCCGACAGCCGCGCUCCCUGAAACACCUCAGCCGCCUGCGUAUCCGAACCACCCUUGGGCAUCAGAGGCUUGAAGCCAUUAGGGGAUUUGACCUCCCAACCCCACUGAAGCGCUACCUUAUGUAUGAGGAUCUUGUUCUGCAGGAUGGCCUGUAGCCGCGGGAAAUCUGGCCAGUCUACACCUGUACCCACAAGGACAAAGUGACAAUGGGGAGAGGAGCCAACGCUGUUUCAUCUUUUCAGUCAUCAGCUCCUCAAAGCCACAAGAGAGAUGGAUUUUGUGUUGUCAUUUUACCUUUCUGUGGCCUAAUCUGAGCCCCAUCUGGGAACGGAUCAGAGGCUGCUGUCUGUGGAGACUGCUGGUGAUUCUUACUCUGGAACAUGCCUGUAGCUCCAGCGUGCAUUGAGGAGAGCAGAGCUCUGUCUCCUGCCCUGAAGAGCUUGCUAGGUAACAUGCUACAGCAGGUCUCAGAGAGCUGGUCUCGGCCAGGAGGAGAGAAGGGGAGAAGCGACUCCUCUCCCUCCGUUUCUCGUUCAGGUAUGAGUUUGACAAGUGUUAUAGGAACAAAAAUGUGCAUACAGGCUCCUACCUGCAGGCAGACCUUUUACUGUCAAAAUACUGUCUGGCCCAAAGGAAGGCACUGGGGAGUUGCUGUGAUUCUCCAUUCCAUCUACCUGCCCAGGUACUAUAGUAUUGGAGCACCGGUGAUUCAAGGCAGGGAGGAAGGUGGUCACUGACCCAUUGCCAUCCCCUACUGAUCUGCAGCAGCUGGAUCUGUUUUUACAUGCCCCUUUGACUCAUGUCCCUCACUUCACUGCCACAUUCUCACCUCCUGUCACUUGCUGCACUUCCAUCAGUUUCUGCCUCCUGUCCUCACUCCCAUCCCACGUUACUUGAGUCAGGCAGCUUGUUUUCCAUGAAGUGUGCGUAGAGGACAGAAGAAUCAGUUCCAGCCCACUCUCCAAAAGGCCAGAUUUUCAGCUCCCAUGGAAAACAAUGGUGACCCUCUGUCCUUGCUCCAUGGAGGAGAAUCAGAGCUGCUGGGUGGGGAGCCCUUUUGGAAGUGUAGCCCAGAGUGUGCCAGUAUCUGUUGGAUUCACUGGAUCUGAUUUCCCUGUAUUAAGGCUGCCUCAGAUCCCUGGGCAGAGCCUGGACCAAGUGUCAGUACAACCAGGACAUGUGAUCUGAGUCUUCAUAGCCUGUCUUGGCCACAGAGCUGGAUCAGGGGCAGAGCCUGACUUUUAUGUAAAUACUGUAAAAUUAUUGCAACUAAUUGAUAACAGUGCCCUGGAGCCAAGCUGACAGGAGGUGGGGGCUGUUAGGGGUGUGGCUGGCUGGUGCAGAGAGCCAUGGGGUGUGACUGUGUCCUCAUUCAAACUAAAAUACAGGCAAAGGCUGCCUGAGUGUUUAAGAAAACACAAGCCACAAGGUGGGGGAGCUCUGCCCCCUGCCUCAGUGACCUUCCUCAUCUGAGUCACAUGGUGGGGGGCUCUCUAUCACAACUGCAGGCCUGUCUGUGUGCCCCUUGUGGGUGUAGCCAGUCCAGGAUGUUUGGCUCUUUGGCAAGGCCCAGCUCCAAAUUAGGAGUGAGGAUUUCUCUAGUGGGGUUGGAGUGAGCCAGUCCCCAUAGGGAUUUUCCUCACUGUACUCUCUAUCUUCAUUGGCAGUUAUUCUUAAUGCUGGAGGAAGAAGGGUUAGAGGUCACAGAACAACAGCGGGGCUGGGGGGGGGAGGAGAGAGAAGACCUACUCUCUAACUCACAGCCUGACCUCCCUGUGCCAUGUUGUGGCUUAGCUGGCAGAUCUAAUUUUAGGAGGUGAUAACCCCUCCCCCGUGACUUCCCCAACAGAUAGCAAGUCAGCUUGUGCAGCAUUAGCAAGAUAGAUUUAGGAAUAAGAUCCAGGUGUGGGUCCCUGGAAGAGAGAAGGACCCAAAGAAUGUCCAGCUUUACUGAAAAGCGGCAGUGCACAAUGGGGGAGGAAGAUGUAUGAUGUCAUUUUAAUACCCUUGUUUGCAGUUAUUCCUGUUGCAAAUACUAGCUGCUAUAGGACCUGGGGGAAUAGGUAGGGCGUCAAGGGAUGUGGGUCUCCUAGAGCAGGGCCCUCUAGAAUGUGAUUAUGCAACUGUAUAAAGGGCCCCACAAUUUCUUUCUGCCAGGAUGGUGUAUAAAACCAAAUCCAUUUUCCAGCCCUCAGCUUGUCGGCUGCUGUAUAGGAGCUUGCAGGAGGGGAAAACUGUAGCUGGCUGAAGAGCAGGGGGACCUGCAACAGCAUGGGGUAGAGGGGCUGACACUUGAAACUCUUUAGGCCUGAACUCUGGCCAGCUAAGGGCCAUGUCAGAUACCAUCCCCAGCUGUACAUCUCUUAAUGCACUGCUAUCCCUGCCAGCCUCUUAAGAUGCCCCCACUGCCUCUCAUGACAGCCUGCCCCCUACUUCUCCCUUUUAGGGACAGCACAGCUUAUUGAAUGAUUUUGCAGUUAAUAUUGCAGCCUAGUACUGCAGAGCUCAUUGUAGCCCACUCACUGAAAUAAGGAGUUUUGCUGCAUAAUCUAAGGUUUACCUGUUGAAUAAUACAAAGACUGAGGGUCUAGGAGGAGUGGAGAGCUCUUAGUGUUACCCUAAGAUUUCAAAAGCCAAUUACGUUACCUACAAUAGCGCUUUUAAUUUCCAAAAAAGGGUAACCACGGUUGUGUUCUGCCCUAAAGGAAUUGCCAGAGUAUUACCAGGGAGCUUGUCUCUGACCGGCAGAGGGCUCCCCAGAGCAAGCUAGUUUUGCUGACCCCUGACAGGACUUGGGUACAGCCCUCUGCUCAAGGAUAGGCCCACAAAUAGUAGUUCUUUGAAAACAGAAAUAAUCUUUAUUAAAAAAGGAGAUAAGUUACAGGAAAUUUAAUAAAGGAAGAAAGAAGGCAUAGAACAUAAGGAAACAAUAGGAUUACAUGUAAUAUAAUGGCGCAGCAAAAUAAAAGACAAACUAUGUAAGAAAACACACACCUAAAAUAAAUAUAGCAGUUUCAACGUAGCAUAUAUAUGAAUGAAUAAAUAAAAAAAUAAAAUUAAAUAAAUGAGAGAGAGCGAGAUUCCUCAUACACAAGAGUUUUUCAUUCUAGUAAUACAAUACUUAAUACAAUGAAAUAUGCGUGGCCUCUAUACACCUAUGAGUACAGUCACAGUUAAAAGCAAUUACUUGACAUCCACAUUAAUACCUAUCAUUAGACAUUUAACAUUUGAUUAACAUUUAACUAUUCACACUUAACAUCCUAACAUUUAACAUCCAGUAAGCGCUGGCCAGGCGGUUAUCAGAUGAGUAAUAGGGGAAGAUCUCACUCAAACCACAGGCAGUCAUCUUUAUUUACAGGUGAAACCCAUACACUCUUGGAUAGUAAAUAGAAAGAUUAGGCUUACACAGACACCACAAUUCCCUCUGAUCGUCUAAGAUAGUAGUUCUCAAACCCCCCCCCCCCCCCCACUUGAAAAUUGCUGAGGGUCUCGGCGGACCACUUAAUGAUCUUUCCAAGU